AUGGACCCGGUAGUCGGUAACGCCCAAGAUGCACCGAAAGCCGUUCAUCUCGGCGCUUCUUCGCCCACACCCAAAGCUAGAUCUCUUCGCCCGCCGCAUCCCUUGGGGCAACAGCCUUAUUUAUCCCCGCUACCCCAACAUUACCCGGUCCAGGGCUCGGUGCAAGCUCGACCGAAAAUCCACGUGCGCACGCGUGCGCGCAAGUAA